AAUAAAAAUAUAAAAGUAGAAUCCGAUAUCAGUGUAUCUAGCAAAGUAUCUAGCAAACCACUAUUUUGAUUCCUAAAAAACCUCUCAAUUUUUCCCUUCAAAAUUUCUCAUCAGUUUCAGUACUCGUUUGCCUCAUAAUCUGCAACAUUUACAAAACGUGCUUUUUGGUAAAAGCUCAGUUGGUACACUGAGAAAGAAUAUGAGUGACCCUUCAUCGCAAGGUUGCAGCUUUAUCCCUUCAAGAUCGUGGGCUGUGACUAAUUCUGCAGUUUGGUGUGGUUGGUGUUGGAAUUCUAACAAGGGUGCAUGUAGGGUUUCCUUUGGAUCCUAUCUUCCUUGAAGGGUUAAUUUUUGCAACCUUUGAUUGUUUGAGUUUGUUGUGAAAUUGUGCUGAAUUUUCUUGACUUGAUAAGACUCUUGUGGAGAUUUUGUUGUUGUAGGUGUUGGUAAAGAAAUGCAGAAAGGAAAGAAAUCAAUGGAGAUGGAUUUCUUCUCGGAAUAUGGUGAUGCCAACCGGUAUAAAAUUCAAGAAGUAAUUGGCAAAGGUAGUUAUGGUGUUGUUUGUUCAGCCGUUGACACUCAUACGGGUGAAAGCGUUGCAAUUAAAAAGGUUCAUGGCAUCUUUGAGCAUAUAUCCGAUGCUGCACGUAUUCUUCGUGAGAUAAAGCUUCUCAGACUUCUUCGACAUCCCGAUAUCGUUGAAAUUAAGCACAUUAUGUUGCCUCCUUCAAGCAAAGACUUCAAAGAUAUUUAUGUUGUUUUUGAGCUUUUGGAGUCUGAUCUGCAUCAAGUCAUUAGAGCCAAUGCCGACUUAACAAAAGAGCACUAUCAGUUUUUUCUUUACCAAUUACUUCGAGCUUUGAAGUAUAUUCACACCGCAAAUGUGUAUCAUCGAGACUUGAAGCCAAAGAAUAUACUGGCCAAUGCAAACUGUAAACUUAAAAUCUGUGAUUUUGGGUUAGCUAGAGUUGCUUUCAGCGACACUCCAACAACUGUAUUUUGGACGGAUUAUGUUGCUACAAGGUGGUAUAGAGCACCAGAGCUCUGUGGAUCGUUUUACUCAAAGUAUACUCCGGCAAUUGAUAUUUGGAGUAUCGGAUGCAUCUUUGCCGAAGUAUUAAUCGGAAAACCACUUUUUCCUGGAAAAAGUGUUGUCCAUCAGUUGGAUCUAAUAACGGAUUUGCUUGGGACCCCCUCACUCGAUGCUAUAUCUCGGGUACGCAACGAUAAAGCAAGGAGAUACUUAACAAGUAUGAGGAAAAAACAGCCUGUAUCAUUUGCACAAAAAUUUCCCAAUGCGGAUCCUUUAUCACUACGACUACUCGAAAGGUUGCUUGCCUUUGAUCCAAAAGACCGGCCUACUGCCGAAGAGGCAUUAGCUCAUCCUUACUUCAACGGACUGGCAAAAAUUGAAAGGGAACCAUCCUGCCAGCCGAUUACACAAAUGGAAUUUGAAUUUGAAAAGAGAAGAGUAACAAAGGGAGAAAUUCGAGAUUUAAUUUUCCAUGAGAUUCUCGAGUAUCAUCCUCAACUAAAUGGAACAGAGAAGACUAAUUUUCUUUAUCCAAGUGCUGUUGAUCAAUUCGAAAAGCAGUUCACUCAUCUCGAGGAAACUGAUGGUAAAAGUGAUCCAGUUGUGCCACUCGAAAGAAAACACGCAUCACUUCCGAGGUCAACAACAGUACAUUCAAAUAUUGUUUCUAGCAAAAACCGGCAAACAACGGAAGAGAAUAGUACUAGUUACGCAGAAUCCAACAACAUUCGGGGACUGCAAAUAAUUCCAUUGGACACACCUGGUAAAGUUGUUAGACCACUUGUUCGGUUCGGGCAUGAGAGUAUUGUCACCGAUUCAUAUGAUUCCAGGACGUCAAUGAGAGGCAAAACAUAUCCAGCAAUGUUGAAUCAAAACCGAAAUAGCAUCAGAUUUAACCACAAGUAUUGAUACCAACACAAAACAAAGAUAGAACAAGAUGAUUGAAUAGCCAUUGACACCAACACAAACCUCAUGCUCGGAUUGAAAGGAUGGACCUGUUCAUGACAAGGAUGUUCUAGAAGGUUUUCUUGUGAAUAGUUUGGCCAAAUAAAGAAAUUCCUAUGCAGGAAAAAAAAACAAAGGCUCUUUAUAGUGGAGAAGGUGUAGUCUCUGCCAUGGAUUAAUUAGUGCUUCCCCUCAUAGAGCCAGUUUUUUCUUUUCAUAUACUGUAAAACUUUGGUUACAUCUAUCAAUAAAUUGUAGUUCUAAGUUCAAUCCACAA